CCCCUCUCCCUCCCUCCAUCUAUCCCAAUCUCUGCGUCCCUCCUGGUGUGUGCCCAUUGACUGCACGAGCCGGUGGCCACUGAUUCGGCUUUUCUCCCGUUUGGUUUGCUCGCUUCGCAAUCGUCUCGAAUUCGGCAACCCCAUAUAUCAACGCCCCUGCUCAAACUCUCGGACGUCCUCAAAUCUCUGACCGUGCUGUGAAACAUCAUUCCUUCGCAUGGGCUGAUCCGCCAGCUUCAAGUCCAUGUCAGGCGAAUCGCAUCGUCAUCUGUAUCACUCCUCUCGCAAAGCCUCCAAGUCAUCUGCGCCCGUGGCAAAGGACAUCGAAAAUAAUCUUGAAAAGCUCGGCUUGCUAGGCGGAACUGGAUCGCACAAGUCAAAGCGAAAGGCGGUGGAGUUUCAGGCUGCUGCCGCAGACAAACGUCGGUCGCUUCCUUUCUUUGCACCGCCUAGCUCCUUCUAGAACCUCAUCUCACGCUUCUCGAAGCGCCCGCAGUUCUCAGUACAGCGAAGGGAGCGAUCCGAGGAAGGAAGCUCCCCGCGCUCGAAGUGGCAUGGCGGGUGUGCUGGACCUCGACCGCUCCCGGACGAGAAAGGACAGGACCUUCAUCGGUAGCGAAUGCGCAGUAUGUGAAGAGCAUCUGGAGUAUACUCUGAAGGGAGAGCGGAUCCUGCAGCUAUCUUGUGGCCAUGUCGCCCACGAGGCGUGCUUCUACGAAUACCUCCGCGAGGUUGAGUCGCAAUACUGCCCAACGUGUAGUUCGCCAUUGGGUCUGGACAGCAGCAGAGGUGGCAAUGUCUUGGACAUAGAGAAAAUCACGAAGCUGACGCGACAGCCUCCCAUGCCUGAAAUCAGCGAAUAUGCGCCGAGGGGACAAGUGAGUCAAUCGCCUGGGCCAUGGGAUACUCGACAAUCUAUCGAGCAGAGAGGCCCGUAUGAACAGUCGACUAUGUCGCGCGAGAAUUCUGUUCGAUCUCCCGUGCCGAGGGAAGCUCUCAUCGGAGUGCCACCGCCCCGAACGAGCUCACGCCUUGGCAACGAAAGAGAUGCCCAACAUUCGCGAAACCACAGCGGCACCACGGGAAUGGUGUCUCUGACCGAGUACGCAGAUGCCCAGCCGCAGCCCAGACGACAUGAUUAUGACGUCCAGUCCAUGGAGACCUCGCUCGGCAGUCCGCAGGCGAAUGCCGCAAAGAGCUCCAUCCCCACGCCCAGCGUGACCGUCAAGAGCGAAUUUCCCACAAUUACGAGGUCGCGGCAGCAACAAGCCCUUACGUGUCUGGUGACGGUAGAAGUUCCCGCGGGUCAGUACAGACCCAGAAUCUCCGACAUGCGUCCGCUUCCGGCCAGGGCGCCGGUCGCAGCGAACGAUUUCGGACCUAUUAGGCCAAUACCUGUUAAGCCCCCUUCGCGGUAUUCCGACCAACGCAUGGAUGAGUUGACGGCCGAAUUGCAAGCCAAAGUGGAAAACUGGCAUGGUCUUGAUUUCUCUCGGUUUGGCAAGCUCAAGCUUCACAGUCAAAUUCGCGUUGGCAAAGACAGGAGGUCGUGGCAAGAUUUGGACUGUUAUCUUUUUGACGAGAUGCUCAUCUGCGUGAAAGAGAGGAAGCCGAUACCAACCCCAAUCUACGACAACGCUUCGGAUUCGAGGAAAACCAAGUGCACCUUGAAAGGCUCGAUCCUGAUCAAAAAGCAUCUGCGCGAAGUGGAAACAUAUCCAGACGAGAAUCUCUUGACCCUCAGCCUAUCCGUGGCGGAACUCCCCUCUUUUCAUCUGCAGUUCUCGAAUCCUGUUGACAUGGAGCAGUGGAAGCAAGCCCUGCUGGACAUUAAUAACCCCCGUGGGUCCGGCAGGAUUGGCGACUAUGAGCAAGAAACCUCGGCGACGGACGAAGAAGAUGAGCGUGGCGUCAAGGGCUAUCGUUACUCCUCCCAAGCGUCUGCGUACGGGGCGGCCAAGUCGUACACCACAGCCCCAACAGAGUACUCGCGAUCAGCGCCAGACACGCGACUGUUGCAGAACAUGCACGUUCCUCUGGACAUCGUGUUGGUUAUUCCAGUGUCGUCUUCCAUGCAAGGACUGAAGAUAUCCCUUUUGCGGGACGCGCUUAAGUUUCUCGUCACAAGCCUGGGCGAUCGAGACCGCAUGGGUUUGGUAACGUUCGGCUCGAGCGGUGGUGGUGUGCCGGUGGUGAGCAUGACCUCGAAAUCUUGGGAUGGAUGGUCGCGCGUGUUGGAGUCCAUUCGUCCGGUUGGACAGAAGAGUCUGCGGGCGGACGUGGUGGAAGGCGCAAACGUCGCCAUGGAUCUGCUGAUGCAGAGAAAAUCGGCGAAUCCGAUAUCAAGCAUCCUGCUCAUCAGCGACUCGUCGACGUCCGACGCGGAGAGCGUUGACUUUGUCGUGCAGCGAGCAGAGGCUGCCAAGGUCACAAUCCACUCCUUCGGCCUUGGCCUCACUCACAAACCAGACACCAUGAUCGAGCUUUCUACGCGUACAAAGGCUUCAUACACCUACGUCAAGGACUGGAUGAUGCUCCGAGAAUGUGUAGCCGGGUGCCUGGGUUCUUUGCAGACGACUUCUCACCAAAACGCUAAGCUCAAACUCCGUCUACCAGAAGGCUCGCCCGCCAAAUUCGUGAAGAUUAGCGGUGCUUUGCACAUCACGAAGAGGGCCAGCGGACGCGACGCCGAGGCUGCACUCGGCGAUCUGAGAUUUGGUGAUAAACGAGACAUUCUGGUGCAGCUUGCGAUCCAGGCUGACAACGCCUCGAGCGAGCAAUUGCCUCAAGAUCCGUGGGAGACCAUUCUUUCUGGUCUCGAAGCACUGGGCGGGCCGCUCGAUCAAGAGGAGCAUCGCAAUCUGAGUGUCGAAGAGGUUCCUUUGAUACAAGCUGAUCUGACUUUUGGCGAUCUCCAGAGAGAUGGCGCACAGGCACAGCUGCCUCGGCCCUCUCUGUUAGCCAUCACCAUGCUUCCUUCUUCUCCACGGGCCAAAUCCAUGAUUCGCCCGUUGACACCUCCUAUCCCACCACAUCCUUCAAUUGUACAGCGGCGAAUGGAGCUUCUAACAUCCGACAUGCUUACUCGCGCAUUGACUCUCGUGUCCCGAGGCCAACACGAACGCGCGCAUCAUCUGCUGAGUGAGACUAGGAGUAUUCUCAAGGGACUAGGCAAGGGAGGGCUGCCACCACUUCCACCUCCUGGCAGCAGCACACCUUCGGUUCCGCCCGCCUCGAGAUCGCCAGGACUUGCAUCUGCGAACGGAGAGAAACCUUCCGAUAAAGCUGCAGACAAAGGUCCCGACAAGAAUUCAGCGGCGCCAACAUCGCCGGAUGUACCAGAUCGAAAGGCCAACGGGUCUCCUCCACAGUCAAACGAAAGGCGAGAUCUUCUCAGGGCAUCCUCAAGUGUGGAUGCACGGACGGUUGCUGCCCUUGAUGCCGAGCUUGAAUCCAGCCUUGAAUGGAUCAAUCAUCCAGCCGUGUUUUCACGCGAUUCAAGAAAGGCGGUCUUGCAAGCAAUUGGCGUCAUCAGCUCACAACGCGGCUACACAUUCCGCACACCCGCGGAGAGCCUAUGGGCAGAGCGCAUUUCGGGAAUCAAAGCGCUUGCCGAAAAGAGCAAGGAAUGGCGCGAAGUUGGCGACGAUGGUGCUUUGGCCGAAGAAUCAUAAUAUACAUACAUACACAUAUACCACCAGUUGUUUAUUUGCAGCGUUUUUGUACAGAUGCGUAACACCUUGUGUCUUUAUUCGUCCAUUAGUCCAGGAAGCUGUCGCGCUGCAAGCGUAUGUAUGUAAUCCAUGCUUUGCUGAUGUCGAUCUCUGAACCUGCCGGCGGUUGCUCGAUUCCACUCUCUCAGCUGUUUUAUGAUAGAAACAUUCUAUGCUCCUGGGGCUAACACACACGCUACAAGGCGUCAUCCAUUUCGAGAUAUCAAACCAAUUUGAAAA